CGACCUCAUUUCCUCAACAAACCACUUUUUAAUAACCCUCGAAAGCUCUUGUUAAUCAACAACUAAGUAAACUACUGUACAACUCAGUUUAUUAUAAAACCUAUCUCAAGGUGAGCCCGACUUGGUAUAAGAUAGUACAUCAGUACUUAACUUGUCAUAUCAUGUUGAGGAAACGAGUGACUGACCCCCCAUCUGAUCAUGAGGACGCUGUUUCCGCGGUGGGAGAAGUCCGCGGGCAAGUGAAGAGACCCCGAUGGACAUAUUGGCUCAAAAGAGGCCUAUUGGCUCUCUGUGUCAUUUACAUUGCGGUGCCUUUUCUGCUGAGGGUCUUCCCUGACAUAAUAAAGCAACUUGUUUAUUCAAACAGAAUCAGAGUGCCGUUCUUUGUUGACCUCAGCCAACCUGCUGAUCUCGGCCUUAACCACACCAUCAACAUGCAUCUCACCUCAGAGGAGGGCGUCUCUCUCGGUGUGUGGCACACUGUACCUGAAAGUCAGUGGAAAGAGGCACAAGGAAAGGAUUUUGCAUGGUACCAGAAUUCAUUGGGUGGUGGAACUCCAAUUGUCAUAUACCUGCAUGGUAAUGGAGGCACAAGGGCAGCCAGUCACCGUGUGGGAUUGGCUAAUGUACUGAGUGCAGUCGGUUACCAUGUGUUGGUUUUGGACUACAGAGGUUUUGGAGACUCCAGUGGGGAGCCUACGGAGGAGGGUCUGACCACCGAUGCAUGCUAUCUGUACCACUGGGUCAAAGAACGCAGCGGGAACAGCCCGGUUGUCAUCUGGGGACACUCCAUUGGCACUGGAGUGGCUACUAACUCAGCAGUCAAACUGAUGGAACAAGGCGUGGUUGUUGAUGGUGUGAUCCUUGAGGGUGCAUUCACAAAUGUGCGACAGGAAGGCGCCCAUCAUCCCUUUGGCUGGUUUUAUUGGAAGUUUCCCGGCUUUGAGUACUUCUUUUUGGACACAAUGGCAGAAAACAAUAUUAUCUUCCCUAGUGAUGAAAAUCUGAAGAAAAUGAGAAGCCGUCUUCUAAUCCUUCAUGCAGAGGAUGACCACAUUGUCCCCAUUCAAAUGGCACAACAGCUGUAUCAGAUAGCAAAGAAAACACAGACCUCAGAGCAAGUCAAGAUGGUCUCCUUUGCUGGUUCUCUUGGGUAUCUGCACAACGGAUUAUAUAAAGACCCUCAGCUGCCUGGCAUCAUAAAGCAGUUUGUGCAGUCAUUGUAAUGCAGGACGGAUGUCUCUGGAGGAAUACUGAUCAGAUUCCAGGGAAGGACACAGCACUGAAUGCAUCUCAUUAAACUUGAAAUUCAAAUGUUCCCCCCA